AUGUCUGACCCUCCUCCCACACGAAGCACGACCUACCUCCAACGCGCAUACGCCCUCAGCGGAGAUGCACAGGCCCAGCACUUCUAUGACGAAUGGGCCGACGCCUAUGAGACGGACAACAACGGGCUAGGCUACGCCUCUCCCCGACGUGCCGUCGAGGCCAUCAUCAAGAACGUCACAGGAGAUGCUCGUGAUACUCAAUUGAAGGUUCUUGAUGCCGGUUGCGGGACCGGCCUCGUGGGCGCUUGCUUGGCCCAGUCCGCCCUUGCCGGCCAAUUCGUCCUCGACGGUCUGGAUCUGAGCCCCGGGAUGCUGGCAGCUGCGCGCCAAAAGGGCGUGUACCGAGAAUUAGAGGAGGCAAAUCUCAAUGAGAGGAUCCGAAAACCAGAUGGAAGUUAUGACCUUGUGGUCUGCGUGGGGACACUGACCGUGGGACAUGUUGGCCCAGAUGUACUGCGCGAGUUCGCCAGGGUGGCUGCCCCCUCGGGGUUGAUUGUGGCUACUGUGCACAGUGGCAUAUGGGAAAGCAAGGGCUACAAAGCCGAGAUCGAAAAACUGAGAGAUGCUGGGACAGUGCAAGUUGCGAGCACUGAUGAAUUUGGCCUUGUGGAGAAGGCGAGCACUGGAGGCAUCAUGGUCGUGUUGAGAAAGAACUAG